UGUUCUUCUCUCACUCUCUCUCGUGUCUCCAGACUGGAGUCAUGGAAUCAGGCAUCACUCCACGUCCCGCGGUCUGAUCCUCUCGGGAAUCAUCGGAUCUGAUGGGACAUUUAAGGAUGUUUUUCCCUGAUGUCUCAUAUUCACUGCUGUUGUUGGGAAUCUCGUGUCUGACUGGCUUCACUAAGACUUCACAAGAGUUCUCAGGUUAUCUGUCGAGUGUGCUGAGGAAUUACACCGAACAGGCAUGUGACGGAGAAUUCCUGACUGUUCACUGUCCGCCCAGAACCUCCAUCACCAUCCAAUCGGCUUUCUACGGGAGAACAGACCCCGCCCACUCACCUCAGUGCCCUUCCCCUUACAGCAGUGCUGGAACAUUCUCAGUGCAUGACAUCACUUCCUGUCAUGUGUCCACAUCCUUGCAGAAGAUGCUGGAUGAAUGUGAGGACAGGCGGACGUGUCAGGUUCUUGUCAACAGUCGUUUGUUUGGGACAGACCCCUGUCCCACCGUCAGCAAAUACCUCAGUGUGCAGUUCAAGUGCAGACCGAGUGAGUUUAAGAGUAAAGUGGUGUGUGAAGGCGAGCGCCUGCGGCUGGGCUGUAAGGUGGGGAUGCAAAUCACGGUUUAUUCAGCCAUGUUCGGCCACACACAGCAGGGAACACUGGAGUGUCCUCCACACCACCGGAGGGCGCCGUCUGUCGACUGCUCGUCUGAUGUGGCUCUGCAGGUGAUGACAUCACGUUGCCAGGGGAAACGCUCCUGUGUGGUCCGCGCCUCGACACAAGAGUUUGGUGACCCCUGUUACCACGGCACCCGCAAAUACCUCAGUGUCAUCCACACCUGUGUCCCAAAGAAACUCAUGCAGGAGCCGGUUUCUAGGCAUCCAUCGUUCCCCUCUCCCCCAUCAGUGCCUCAUGACCCCAACGUGGUGGGAGACAGCGCCCCUCCGGACGGGACCCCGUCUCUGACCUCAGACUCUGCGCCAGGGAGGUCGACGCGAGGACGGAGUUCUGGUCCGGUUCUAGAAGAGACGGAUCAGUCUGGAGAACGUGAUCCGAACCCAACCAUCUCCACCGUGAUCCGACCAGCCAUGGCCCUCAUCAGCAGCAUGCUGACGGCCUACACCUACAUCACAGAGCACCCGGAGCGGUGUGCGCUGUAUUUCAUGUGUGGCAUCUGUGGGGGUCUGUUCCUCACACUCUUUGCACUGGUGGUUCAGAUUUCCUGUCGUACGGACUGUAAGCCUCGUCAAGCCGUCGCUAAGAAGCCCCCUAGCUCCGAGGACCCUGACAGCAACACCUCUGACUCUGAUUCAGACUGGGACACGAGCUCGGACCUCUCGGCCCGACGGCAGCGACGCUUCGCGCGCACGCUCAACACAAACGUCUUCAUGUCAGCGGAGGAGCUGGAGCGAGCACAGAGAUUGGAGGAGAGAGAGCGCAUCAUACGGGAAAUCUGGAUGAACGGACAGCCGGACGUCCCAGGAACCCGCAGCCUGAAUCGCUACUACUAGAGCACCGCCUCUGAUCGAGGUCAUCCAGACGGGAAGCUACUAACAGAGUCAUCACACAGUCUGUAUUUUGCAGUGGAAAUAAGCUCUUCGUUCAGGCACAGAUUAUCUGUAAGCUUCAAUACGCAGAGGUGAAAGGUCAAAGCUGCGUUCAGACAAGUUGGAUUUGGGAGUAUUCUUUCUUGAUGUCUUGAAGUUGGAGAUUAAUUUUCCUUACUGAAGCUAAGGCUCAUGGGAGAUGUUGUUCAGCUGAAAGCUGGCUCUACGAGUCUAUAGGCAGCUCUGAGAGGUGUGAUAAGCUCUAAGCACUGUGAUUGGUCCUUCACUCCGCCUGUCAAACAGUGAGGACCGCCUUCUGUAGGAAGAGACUUGUGCAAAUGAAGUGCCUUCCAGUUUGAUCUGACAUAUACAGUACACAUAUACAGUACAGUGGGUCUUAAAAUAUCCCAAUGUGAAUGCAUUAGGAAGCAAAUAUAACAAAUCAAGCUGCAAGUGAUGCUGGAGCUUCACAUUUCUGCAUCGUUUCAAAGUGGCACAAUGCAUUUUUUGAUUUCACUUUACAAUAAGGUUCCUUUUAUACGGGAACUGACAAUGAAAAAUACUUCUAAAGCAUUUAUUAAUCUCAGUUAAUGUUCAUUUGAGUUUUAACAUACAUUUUCAUUUAAGUUCUAUCUGUUUAUUAAUGGUAGCUGAGGUAUGGAAGCCCAUUUCCACCACUGGCCAAAAAAAAGUUACUAGCACUGAUCUGUAAUAGAGAAUUUAUCAUUAUUUUGAUCAGUUGGUAAUCUUACAAAUAAGUCUUAUUUUUAUUUUUUCUUUCAGUUUUGAUUUAUUUCACAUUUCUGACUUCCCUUCUCAGAAUUGUGAGUUUAUAUCUCAAAAGUCUUACUGUAUAUUUCACAGUUCUCACAGAAUUGUGAGAUUAAAUUUGCAAUUACCUUUUUUUUCUGUGAUGGAAACAAGCUUCCAUAAACAUGAACAUAACUAAAGUUAACAAAGAUUAAUAAAUACUGUAACAAAUGUAUUGCACAUUGUUAGUUAAUGCAUUAAUGGGACCUUUUUGUAAAAUGUUACCAAUUGUUUAACACUAGGUCAUUUCAUUAUCAUCAUUUAAAACUUAACAGGCUUCUUUUCUUUGAAAAAAUAAAUAAAUAAAUAAAUAAAUAAUGCAGCUUGAUAUUUGAUCAUCAAAUGCAAUGACAUACAUGCAUUUUUAAGGGUGACUUAUGCUUCCAAAUAUUUUGGGAUAUUUUAUAUACAUAUAUGCUGUAAAAUCAUUUCAGCCUUUAUGAAAUCUAUUUUGAUAUUUAAAUAAUUUUGAUACCACUAUUUUUUGGAUGAAAUAUUUUUUUAUACUGUGUCAAAGCUUGCCUGAUUGCUCAGGGAUGCAAUCCAAGUGUUCUGUGUAUAAUCUUAUAUUCUUUAAGUGGAUGAGAGACACAUUCAGACAUUCUUGCAUACAAUAGAUGCAACUUUGACCUCAAAGAGGUUCUUAUAGGAUCAUGAUGGACAUCAGCGUUGUGCCUUAAACACAAGACACGUCUGUCAACAGAGUUCAUCACUCAAUGACUUUAAGCAGUGCGUUCUGAUUACUAACUCUGGUCAAUGUGUUUCAGUUUCUGUUACAUGAUAUUGAGUGCUUAGAACUAGUGUUGAUGAUACAAAACCAUAAAUAACUCACUUUAUAUAACUAAUCGUGGCUAUAAUGAGUGUGAAGCACUUUGGGGGCCAAGUUAAUGGAAUUAUUUGAAGAAGAAAGUGGCCGAAAUUAGUCUCAAUUCACACCUUUAAUAGAAAUGUCCAUUAAAACAUUUAAGACAUUUAAUGACCUAUUUUUAAACAUUUCAGAAAAUGUAUUGAUCUAUUAAUAUUCAUUAACAUUCUUACAAAUCUUUAAGCAAUGCCUAAAAGUAGAGGUCUCUAAAUAGUAUUUAAAAAAUAUGCAGAAUUUAAUAUAAUACUAUUUUGGAAAGUAGUUUAUCAUGUAGUUCCCUACCUCUAUAUGAAACCUUUAUUUUUAAGAGCCCAUUGCCACACUGAGAUCCUUUAAUAUGUGAUAAGGUUUUUUUUUUUUUUUUUUUAAACAUUGUAAUGCGUAUGUGGAUGUUUGUUUUUGAGCUCUUCAAUAUUGUAAAGCAGCUGGAUGUUUGUGUUGUAAGCACUCUCUCAGACUUGUUUUGUUUUCCAGUAAUAUUUCAGCAUGGUUUUAUAGGAAUAUCAGCUCGUGUACAGAGCAGCAGGACCUGUGGGAGGUUUUGUUUUGGUUGUUAUGGAGCAUUAAAUAAACUGCAUUAAAUGAA